UGUGUGACUUAGUGCUGUAUUUAUUAUUCCUUGAACAUUAUUGGUGAUUGGGUAUUAAUGGGUCUGUCCUGUCAGUGCAGACAGAGGAGGAGGUGUGGACUCUGAGGAGGUGUGCACGUCUUUGCAGGAUCCGUCAUUCAGCCUCAGAGUCGGACACGGGAACAGCCUCCCUGCCGCCGCUCAUGGAGAAACUUUGCACCUUCAUCCAUCAGCAGAUCAACUCCGAGGAGCUCCAUUAAAGAUCUGCCGCAGACAUGAAGCUCUGUGGAGGCGAAGCGGCGCUGCUGCUGCUGCUGCUCGGCCGCUGCUGCUGCACCAGCCCCGGCAGGAGAGUGUGUCAAGGAAUGAAUAACCAGCUGAACCUGUUGGGGACUCGUGAGAUUCACUAUGACAACAUGGUGAGGAUGUACUCCAACUGCUCUGUGGUCCUGGAGAACCUGGAGAUCACCUACACCCUGGAGCACCAGGACCUGUCCUUUCUCCAGUCCAUCCAGGAAGUCGGCGGCUACGUCCUGAUCGCCAUGAACGAUGCAGAAAAAGUCCCACUAAUCAACCUGAGGCUGAUCCGAGGUCAGAACCUCUACGAGAGCCAGUACGCUCUGCUGGUGAUGUCGAACUACAACAGAAACCACUCGUCCGCAACCCUCAACUACACCAGCGGGCUGAAACAGCUGCAGCUCAGCAGCCUGACGGAGAUCCUGAAAGGAGGGGUAAAAAUGUCCCACAAUCCCUUGCUGUGUAACGCUGAGACCAUCCAUUGGUGGGAUAUCGUUGACAAAGACAGCAAUCCCAGCAUGCUUUUCAAGAUGGACAACGUCUCAAGUAAAUGUGAGAAGUGUCAUCCGGAGUGUGUUAACGGGUCGUGUUGGGCAGCAGGAGCAGAUCACUGUCAAAGAUUCACCAAGUUGCAGUGUGCGGAGCAGUGCAGCAGAAGGUGUCGGGGUCCAAAACCCAUCGACUGCUGCAAUGAACACUGUGCUGCUGGCUGCACUGGACCUCGAGCCACCGACUGCCUGGCCUGCAAAGCCUUUAACGAUGACGGAACCUGCAAAGACGACUGUCCUGCUCUGACGAUCUACGACCCCAAAACCCACCAGGUGGUUAAUAACCCCAACGGCAAGUUCACCUUCGGAGCGACCUGCCUCAAAGCCUGCCCACAUAAUUACGUGGUGACCGGUGGAUCAUGUGUACGCACCUGCAGCCCUGGAACAUACGAGGUGGAGGAAAACGGAGUCCAACGCUGCAAAGACUGCGACGGACCCUGUCCUAAAGCCUGCGACGGAAUCGGUGUGGGUACACUCACCAAGACCAUGGCCAUCAACGCCUCCAACAUCGAAUCCUUCAGGAACUGCACCAAGAUCAACGGAGACGUCUCCCUCCUUCAAACCUCCUUUACUGGGGACGCACACUAUAAAAUCCCACCCAUGGACCCGGCUAAACUGGAGUACUUCAGGACAGUAAAGGAAAUCACAGGUUUCCUGCUGAUCCAGUCCUGGCCGGAGAAUCUGACCUCGCUGUCAGUGUUUGAGAACCUGGAGAUCAUCAGAGGAAGAACAACGCGCGUCCAUCACAGUUUGGCAGUGGUUGGGGCGAAAAACCUCCGCUGGCUUGGACUGCGCUCCCUGAAGGAAGUGAGUGCUGGGCGGGUGAUGAUGAAGGACAACUCUCAGCUCUGCUACACCCGGCCCGACCAGUGGACCCGCCUCUUCAGAUCCAGUGACCAGGCCAUCAUCUUACGCAACAACGCCCCUCCUGAUGUCUGCAAACAACAAAAUCGAACCUGUGACACAGAGUGCACAGAUGAGGGCUGCUGGGGUCCAGGUCCCACCAUGUGCGUCUCCUGUCGGCAUUUCGACCGCAGAGGGCGCUGUGUGUCGCUCUGCAACCUGCUGCAGGGUGAGCCCAGAGAGGUCGAGAUGAACAGCAGCUGUGUCGAGUGUCACCCAGAGUGUCAACCGAAGACCGGGAUACCGACCUGCCUCGGCCCGGGUCCAGACCAGUGUUCCCAGUGUGCCAAUUUCAAAGACGGCCCCCAUUGUGUGCCACGCUGCCCCCAUGGUGUGCUGGGAGAUGGAGAUACACUGAUCUGGAAAUACCCCAACGGGACAGGCCAAUGCCAGUCCUGCCACCAGAACUGCACCCAGGGGUGUUCCGGUCCUGGACUGUCUGGAUGCACUGGAGCUACCACCCACUCCACGUUGGCGGCGGGCGUAGUUGGCGGGCUCUUGAUCACCGUCAUCGUGUCACUGGUCAUCUUUGUGUUGCUGCGGCGACGGCGAAUCAGAAAGAAGCGGACCCUGCGGCGCCUGCUGCAGGAGAGAGAGCUGGUGGAGCCGCUGACUCCGAGCGGCGAAGCUCCUAACCAGGCGCUGCUGAGGAUCCUGAAGGAGACGGAGUUCAAGAAGAUCCGGGUUCUCGGCUCCGGAGCCUUCGGGACCGUCUUCAAGGGUCUGUGGAUCCCUGAAGGAGAGAACGUGAGGAUCCCAGUGGCCAUCAAAGUUCUCCGAGAGGCCACAUCACCUAAAGCCAACAAAGAAAUCUUGGAUGAGGCGUAUGUGAUGGCGAGCGUGGAUCACCCUCAUGUGUGUCGUCUGCUGGGGAUCUGCCUGACGUCGUCGGUCCAGCUCGUGACUCAGCUGAUGCAGUACGGCUGCCUGCUGGACUACGUUCGACACCACAGGGACCACGUUGGGGCUCAGUGGCUGCUGAACUGGUGUGUUCAGAUCGCCAAGGGGAUGAACUACCUGGAGGAGCGUCACCUGGUACAUCGAGACCUGGCGGCGAGGAACGUCCUGGUGAAAACUCCGAACCACGUCAAGAUCACGGACUUUGGCCUGGCCAAGCUGCUGACGGCUGACGAGAAGGAAUACCACGCUGAUGGAGGAAAGGUUCCCAUUAAGUGGAUGGCGUUGGAGUCGAUCCUCCAGUGGACGUACACACAUCAGAGUGAUGUCUGGAGCUACGGUGUGACUGUAUGGGAGCUGAUGACGUUCGGCUCCAAACCCUAUGACAGCAUCCCGGCCAGUGAGAUCGCCGCAGUGCUGGAGAGAGGAGACCGGCUGCCUCAGCCCCCCAUCUGCACCAUCGACGUCUACAUGAUCAUGGUCAAAUGUUGGAUGAUUGACCCGUCCAGUCGUCCCAGGUUCAGAGAGCUGAUAGCAGAGUUCUCAAAAAUGGCCAGAGAUCCAUCCAGAUACCUGGUCAUACAGGGCGACCUCCCCAGUCCGACAGACAGCAGGUUUUACUCCCGCCUGCUGAGCUCAGACGACAUGGAGGACGUGGUUGACGCUGAGGAAUACCUGCUGCCUUACAAAGGGAUGGGUAACCAUGACAACCGUCCCUGCAACGCCACGAAUGGUCGUCCAGUCAGAGAGAACAGCAUCGCUCUGCGUUACAUCACUGAUCCGACUCACAACUCGCUGGACAAAGAAGAGUUCACCGGCCAUGAAUACAUGAACCAGAGUUUGAGUGAAACCAGCCGGGGCAGCAGGUUGUCCGAGGUGUUGAAUCCCAACUACGAGGACCUGAGUCUGGGCUGGGGUGCUGCCUCACUCCCCUCCCCACUGGAGGAUAUAAAGCCUUUUGCUCCUGUGGGACCUGAAUACCUGAACACAGCUCAAAGCUCGCUCCCUCUGCCCGUCAGCGACAGCCUCGACAACCCGGACUACCAGGCCAACUUCCUGCCGCGGGCUGAGCCCACCAACAUGACCUCUGACAGGGUAACAGGGAAUGGCCUGUUCCUCCCGGCGGCGGAGAACCUGGAGUACCUGGGUGUGGGCGCUGCACUGCAUGCUCCCGUUCGCUAGGGGGCAGCAACAUUCAGACGCUUCAAACUGAAGCCGAGAGCUUCUGUGCGAACUAAAUGUCGCCUACUUUGAUUUAGGCUGUGACAUUAUUUAAUGAAACUGUUUUUAUUGUACAUUCGUCCAGGAAAUGCUGACUGAGCUGCAGCGUCGUCUGCUACACUGGAUUAUGUACACUGAGAUUUGCUCAGUGGCACUCAGACAGCAGGAGGACCGGACCUGUUCCAUGGAUUCAAACUCACAAACCAGAUGUUCUGUUGAACUUUUUAAGGGCUUCAUUAACUUUGACAUCUUAAAAAGUAGGAAUCGAUGAAAAUAGACUGCUAGAACUGAACACUCUUCAGUUACAUCUAUCUAAACACAUAGAUAGAUCUCAGUCUCUCUGCAAAAACACAAACGUUCAUUCAUCCUCUUCAUCUUUCCUUUGCAUCCUUCUCUUGUCAACAUUUGCAUGUGUUUGCUCGCCGAUACAAAAAAAAAUUGGAAAUAAAAUCUGGACUUCAACAAACAAACUGACAUUUGGGGACGUGCAGAGAUUUAAAUUGUACAGGAAUCACCAAAGAAGAAACGUCUCCUUGAAAUCAGACUUUUGUGAAUGUGAGGGCAGGAAGUGACAUGAUCUGUUUCUCUUCAUGUAGUCGUGAUAAUAAAAGCUACAACAGGAAGGAGCACCUGAGUCCACAUGAUGGAUCUGCAGCUCCAUCAGGUACCAGUGAGCACAUUGGCGCCCACAACUGGUGGUCAAAUAUAAGUGCAAAACUUUAAGUCUCCCUAUUUGGUAUUUAUAGCAAUAAAUGUAUUAAUAAUCAGACAUAAGGAUGUUUAAUAAUAUUUAAUAUUAUUACAGCUGUGUUUUACAUUUACAAACACUUAGAUCUGCGUACAUGUGCACACUUUUAUUACAUGUUAUGUGUGUAGAUAGAUAGAUAGAUAGAUAGAUAGAUAGAUAGAUAGAUAGAUAGAUAGAUAGAUAGAUUUUUCUUUAGAUAGAAUGUUAUGCUAAAUAUGAGAACUUAAAGUAGUCUUAUCAUGUAUCCUCUAAAUUUUUCCAUUCUAGGCAGAUUUUUGUUUCAUAACGACACGUCGCGUUAUUUUGUGAAAUCGCUGCCCAGUUUCAGCUUUCAGUAAUAUUUAAUAUUUGCAUCCUCGUGUAUUUCCACUGUUGAACUUAAAACACAAAACAUUUAUGUUCACAACAUUGUUUUAUUUUUCCUUCAGCUGCAGAAGGAAAGUUUGCAUCGCUGAUCAGAGGCUGAUCAUGGUGUAAAGAUUAAAAACUUGAAACACACAAAGUUAAGUUUUGUUUUACACGUGUACAGACUUUGAGUUUUUUUUUUUUUAUCCUCCUUUUACUUGACAAGAAUGAGCCAAACUCUGAUUUACUGUUUCUGCACACAGACUAUGAAUUAUUACUGCUUGUCACCGUUUGUCACUGCUGAUGGUGGACACAUAUUUAAGGACGAGGGAGCCUCUGGUCUGAUGAAGACGUUCUUUGUGUUGAGAUUAAAUUAAAAGCAUUUUCUCAGCUGAUCACUGAUUUUUUCUCAUAACUUCUGUGUUUUAAUCACUUUUUCUUGCUAAUUGGUGAACGUGUUGUAAUGUAAUUUAAUAAAUGAGCUCUUCUAUGA